AUGAGAACAACAAUAAAGGCACAGGAAGUAGCCGACUUUCUGGCAGAUUUCCCUUUAGACGAUGAGGACGAAAUUGAAGACAUUCCGGGCAUGGAAGAAGAUCGAGAAGAUCCCUCCGACCUCCUUAAAACUUGCAGUCCAACGCGAUGGGAAGUCUUCGUCGACGGGUCAUCCAAUAAAGAUGAGUCGGGCCUAGGGCUAGUUUUCACCACACCAAAAAGGAAGAAGAUGGUUCACUCCUUUAUGCUGGAAUUUAAGGCAACAAAUAAUGUCACCGAGUACGAGGCCAUGAUACAUGCUUUAGGGAUGAUAGUAGAAAUGGGGAUUCGCGACGUAAGACUGACUAGUGACUCUCAUCUAGUCAUUAGGCAGAUCAGUGGGAAAAAAGACAAUCGACAUUCAGAUGCACUGGGAUACAUCUUCACCAUGGUAACAGACUCAAGCAUUGAAGGCAUCGGAGUCAUGAGAAUCAUGAUGACAUCUGUCCCUGAGAAAGUAGACACGAAAGCAUAUGUAGCGGUAACUACAGCUGAUAAAUACGAAAACGGCGAUUGGCGAAAACCCAUUCACCAAUAUCUGGAUACGAGAGAGUUUCCUAAAGGACGACCCGAGAUCAACAAAAUUAAAAGCAAAGCAGCGACAUACGAACUACGAGACGGUGUUCUUUAUAGUAAGUCCUACCUAGGGACACUGUUAAGGUUCCUAAGCAAAGAAGAAGGGCACUCAAUCCUGAAUGAGAUGCAUUAUGAGGCUGCGGGAAAUCACAGCUCGGGUCGGAGCCUGACAGUCCGAGAUAAGACCAUGGGAUAUUUUUGGCUCUACAUGAACGAUGAUGCAAAGCACAUGGCAUUAAUUUACAAUGAAUGCCAAAAAUUUGGAAAAAAGAUACAUGCACCUGCAGUAACUCUGAACUCAGUGAUCAGCUCCUGGCCCUUUGCCAAAUGGGGGAUCGAUAUCGUAGGACCCUUACACGUCGGGUCGUGGCAUAGAAAAUAUUUGAUCGUGGAUACUUACUACUUCACAAAAUGA